GAGGCCCCCGGGAACGCAGGGCCGAGCGCUCCUUCCCCUCCCGGUGGCACCGGCCUGCCCCGGCUGGGAAACACCUGGGGUGAGGUGGGGGUGUGGUGGGUGCGGGGUUGCCCCUAAACUCGCCUGUGAACCAUUUCUGGCCGAGUCGCAGAAGCUUGCCUGCGCGUCACCCUGUCAGCCGAUUUUGUCGCUUGGUUUUCUUAAACACGGGAGCGGCUUUUUAAGUGAAGAGCGGGAGAAUGAGGAAGUCACCGCUAAUUUACUUUUCUUUCAUGCCGCAGUCCUGAAGGAAAAAAGAUCAGAUCAAAAAGCGCGCUCGUGGAGUAUUUUCGGAAAACUGGGGAGACGACGCUAAAAGCAGAAGAUUUUGAUUUUCAAGCUCCUUACCAGAGGCCUACCCGCUCAAGGGCGAAGAGACACAGCACGAAAGCUGCGAGAACCGUUCCAGAGAACGAGGAUUGUCACGGCCAAGUGCAAGGCCACGGUAUACGAAAUGGCGAAGAGGAUGGAGUUCAAAACGUUCAGACUGGAAACGAACACCUGGAAGAUGUUACGUCCACUCUGGAAAGCAAAGAUUUGGUCAUGACAGGCAUAAAUCCAGAGGACUGUUUGAAAACCACAAAAAAGGGGGCAGGUAGAAAAAGCACUCGGAGAAGGGAAACUGGAAGGAGCUCAGACAAGGGGAGUCGAGAGAAUGCCCAAAGCAAAAGGCAGAGAAGAGCGUGUAACAAACGGGAAACUGAGUGCGUUCAAAACAAGAAAUUCUGCAGACAGACAGACAUGCGUGUCGCUGCUGGUCAGGGCGUGGAUGAUCAGCGUGCAGACCCUAGGGGUGCAGGAAGAACUCUGCUCAGAAGUUCCAGGUCACGGCCAGACACACAGCUAGGGUCGGUGACAGCUCGCUCACAAGGAGAGUUGCAGAACCUGGCAGCAGAGGAAUGCGUGGAGACAGGUUCUAACGACGCAUCUUCUCCAAAAUGUGAGGAGAAAACCGGUGGAUUGGAAGUAGGGAAGGAGACAGAUCAAGGGAAUCUGGGUGACCAGGAUUUUAAAUCUGACCCCGAAACGGAUGCUAACAUCCUGCAGCCAUGUGACAAGAAGAGCUUCACAGCAGUAAAAAUGCCGCCAGAAGAGUCUAUCCCACGAACACAAGUGGAUAGGAGGAAAACGAGUCCGUAUUUUUCAAGUAAAUACAGUAAAGAAGGUAAAUCCAUCCUUUACUGCCCAACAAAUUUUCCUGCAUUGCCUCUGUGUACAGCUCCCAGCCCACCUAGAAGGAAGGCCUUCAGAAAAUGGACUCCGCCACGUUCUCCUUUUAAUUUGGUCCAAGAAACACUUUUCCAUGAUCCAUGGAAACUUCUCAUUGCAACCAUAUUUCUCAAUAAAACUUCAGGUAAAAUGGCAAUUCCUGUGCUCUGGGAGUUCCUGAAGAAGUAUCCUUCUCCUGAAAUAACCAGGACUGCAGACUGGAAAGAAAUGUCAGAGCUGCUCAAACCUCUUGGCCUCUACGAACUCAGAGCAAAAACCAUCAUCAAGUUCUCAGAUGAGUACCUGAGCAAGCGGUGGAAGUACCCCAUCGAGCUGCAUGGGAUCGGGAAGUAUGGGAACGACUCCUACAGAAUCUUCUGUGUGAACGAAUGGAAGGAGGUGGGUGCUGCGGCCAUGUUGCCAAGGCUGGGUCCACAGCACGCUGCCGGCAGCGGGGCUCUCUCCUUGGGCGUCGUUGGGCUUGUACCAACGGGCUGCCUCGGAUUAAAAAAAAAAAAAGAUAGCGAUUUUUAUAUCAUCAGUAGGUUGAAUUCCCAGAACGUAGAAGUCUGAGCCUGUACACAAAGACUUGUGUCACCUUGAUUUUAUUUUUCUGUAAUUUUCCAAUUUCACUGUGUUCUUUUUUUGUAUUUCCUUGAUGUGGGGGUGAGAGUCUCUUCCCUGCUCUCUGCUUAAGAACUGGGGUCCCUGUGUUUCCUGCCAGCCAGAGGUCGGUGUCAGUGGGGCCUUUGCCAUGUUGGGGCCCCCUCCUGGGGGGUGGCUGUGAGGGGCUGUUCCGCUCUCCAGUGUGGGUGAGCGGGUUCAGGGCUGACCAAGCGCAGGAUCCCCUGCUUUGCAGGGGCGGAGGCCGGCCUGCCGGGGCACGGCGCCCCGCUGCUCCCUGCCCGGGGUGGGGGGCUCCUGAGCUGGGGGGGUGUACGUCCGAGCGGCGAGGUGGUGUGGAAGAAGGUGUCUGAGUAAAUGUUAA